GCUCCUCUGCCCCAGACAGUCAGUAUCCACUCCGAGGUGUGCUCUCCUUUGAGUUGCACACAGAGGAAAGCCUCUUGACAAGUUUUAACCUGGAAAUAACGUCCUGUGGCUCCAGCGAACUGAGUCGGACUUUUAUUUCGAAAGGGAAGAGUUGUUUUGGCGGGCGAUAGUAGUCUUUAUUUAUUCCCAGAAGAGAACAGCAACUGACUGAACGGUUCCCGUCGGGGAGCAUUUUUUGUUUGGGUCAAACUGUGACUACAACCACUGGCGCGGUUUCUGCGGGUUCUGCUUGGAGAGAAAUUGAAAAAUGUUUCCAAUUCUUUCUGCCUGACGUAUUUGAGGCUGCUGCUUUGUUAACGUGAAGCUGUAAUGAGGAGCGCAUUGAACAGCGGUGAAGCGCCAGACGGAGACAGCGAAAGCUAAGCUCAUCUCACCAACCAACGGUGGUCAACGACCACAGACUCGACCACAAAAUACAGGCUGCUCAUUGCAGUGAGUCAGUAUCAUGGAGGCAGGCAGCGGGGCUGCCGCAGCGGUGGGGAGUGCAGCACUAGGACUGCUGGGAGCCACAGCCACGUCCAGCCAUGACAUCUUGGACAGGGGCCUGAGGCCUGGACGUCACCCGGAGGACGAGGACAUUUUGCCUGAACUGGCUAACAUCCAUCCCAGAGAGAGACCUGACUGGGAGGAGACCAUCAGUGCCAUGGCGAGGAGUGCAGAGAUCCCUGAGCUGAGGACGGAGCCCCUCAUGCGCUCAUGCAGCAGCAGCACGGCCAGCAUGAAGGUCAAGAAUGUUAAGAAACUUUGCUUCACCAAGGGCCACUUCCCGAAACUGGCAGAGUGCGCUCACUUCCACUACGAAAACGUGGACUUUGGCACAAUUCAGUUGUCCCUGGGGGACGAACAGUGUGAAGUGACGCGGAACGGCUAUGAGUCCAAGGAGCUGGUGUACUUAGUUCAUAUUUACUGCCAGGGUCGAAGUUGGAUUGUAAAGCGCAGCUAUGAAGACUUCCGUGUCCUGGACAAGCACCUGCACCUCUGCAUCUAUGAUCGACGCUUCUCACAGCUGCCUGAGCUGCCUCGAUUGGACAUUCUGACUGACCAGUCAGAGUCAGUUUCCCAGAUGUUGUUGGCUUACCUCUCCCGGCUCUCAGCCAUCGCUGACAACAAGAUCAACUGUGGGCCCGCCCUCACGUGGAUGGAGGUUGACAAUAAGGGAAAUCAUCUGCUGGUUCAUGAAGAGUCGUCCAUCAACGUGCCAGCUAUCGCUGCCGCCCACGUCAUCAAGCGCUACAUCGCCCAGGCCUCAGACGAGCUGUCCUUCGAGGUUGGCGACAUCGUGUCAGUGAUUGACAUGCCCCCUAAAGAAGACACCACAUGGUGGAGGGGCAAGCAUGGCUUUCAGGUUGGCUUCUUUCCCAGCGAGUGUGUGGAGCUCAUAAAUGAUAAAGUGCCGCAGUCCAUGACCAACACGGUGCCAAAACCAGCUUCCCCCUGCUCUGGCCUGCAGCCUGCUUCUUGGAAUCUCUUCCCCCCCUACUUGGAGAUGGAGAGUGUAAUACAGGACAGUGCAUGGGUGGCCGACCCGCUAAACCACUACAGCCUAAGUUCAGUGUCUAAGAAGCACGGGAAGCUGAUCACAUUCUUGCGUACCUUCAUGAAGUCCCGGCCCACCAAGCAGAAGCUGAAGCAGAGGGGCAUCCUCCGGGAGAGGGUGUUCGGCUGCGACCUGGGAGAACACCUCCUCAACUCAGGACAUGAUGUGCCCCAGGUCCUCAAGAGCUGCACCGAGUUCAUCGAGAAGCAUGGCGUGGUGGACGGCAUGUACCGCCUCUCUGGAAUUGCCUCAAAUAUCCAGAAAUUGCGGCACGAGUUUGACUCUGAGCAGAUCCCCGACCUGACCAAAGAUGUCUACAUCCAGGACAUCCACUGUGUCGGCUCGCUGUGCAAGCUCUACUUCAGAGAGCUGCCCAACCCCCUGCUCACCUACCAGCUCUAUGAGAAAUUCUCUGAUGCUGUGUCAGCGGCAACGGACGAAGAACGACUCAUCAAAAUCCAUGAUGUCAUCCAGCAGCUUCCUCCACCGCAUUACAGGACCCUGGAGUUCCUGAUGAGACACCUUUCGCACCUGGCAGCAUUCAGCUACAUCACCAACAUGCACAGCAAGAACCUGGCCAUCGUCUGGGCACCCAACCUGCUCAGGUCCAAACAGAUUGAAUCUGCGUGCUUCAGCGGCACAGCAGCCUUCAUGGAAGUCCGAAUCCAGUCGGUGGUGGUGGAGUUCAUCCUCAACCAUGUGGACGUUCUCUUCAGCACUAAACUUAGCUCACUCAUACGAGAGGGAGCAGGUCACAACUCACUGUCACGGCCCAAAUCCCUGCUGGUUUCAUCGCCCUCCACUAAACUCCUGAGUCUGGAGGAGGCCCAGGCCAGGACCCAGGCUCAGAUCAACUCUCCAGUCACUGAAGACAGUAAAUACAUCGAGGUGGGCGAAGGUCCGGCGGCCCUGCAGGGAAAGUUCCACACUGUCAUCGAGUUUCCCACCGAGAGGAAGAGGCCUCCUAUUAAAUCCAAGAAGUCUCCUGUGGGUAGUUGGCGUUCUUUCUUUAACCUGGGCAAGUCUUCCUCCAUGUCCAAGCGCAAGCUGCCCCGCAACCCCAGUGAGCCCAAUGAACUAAAGGCCAUGGCUCUCGCCGGAGGCCGAGGAGACACGGCAACAUUAAGAUCAGCCAAAAGUGAAGAGUCACUGAGUUCCCUGCACAAUGUUGAAGGAGAGUCCAAGCUGUACCGUCCUCGGCGGCCGCGCUCCAGCAGCGAUGCCCUGUCAGCUUCCUUUAAUGGCGAGCUGCUGGACAGCCGACAGCACUGCAACUCUUACGACAACCUGGGCGCUACGGAGGACAGCGACGGAGACGACGGGCCCAUCUGUGUGCCGGCCCUCAUUUCCCCUCCCCGCUCGGCAGGUGAAGAUGUGGACCUCAGCCCGCCAGACAUUGGCAUGGCCUCCUUGGACUUUGACCCCAUGUCUUUCCAGUGCAGUCUCCCCGAUACCUCUUACGCCUUCCCCCUGGAUGACUCACCCGCUGGGGCUGAGGGUUCCACAUUAAAGAGGAGCCCCGGAAGCAUCUGUGGCAAGACCAAUGGCUCUGACUUCAUCUCUGCUACCUUCCUGGGUAGCUUGAUGUCCCCCUUGUUGUCCACAGACUUCUGCCUGGCUGCUGGAGAGAAGGUGGAAAGCAAGAAACUGCCCACUUCCUAUUCUUACACCGAUAAACCAACACAGGCCGUGACGCCCAUUAAAUGUGGAAAGACCACUAGUUUAAUACCAUUUGCCACUUCAGAGCUUUUCUCUACAGAGAUGCCUGACAAGAAUACAGCCGGAAAGGCCGUCUCUUCACAACCGUUAUCUCCUCCUCCAGUAGCCAAGGACUCUCCUCCCCUGAUGGGCAGUGUGCUGCUGAGAGCAGCCGAGCCGUCGCUAAGUGAAGCUUUCCAAAUGGAGCUGCACUCUAAGCUGACAGGCUGUGACAGCGUGGACAGUCGAGAGCUGAAGGGAGAGGACAGCAUACAGCAGGCGCCAGCUGCCAGCAGCCAAGAGGACCAAGGAGUCGUAGCUCCGGACUCUUCAAAGGACCUCACCCCUCGUUCCCUCAGCUCUACAGCUCCCACUAUUGCCCCUCUUCCUCCUCCUCCCCCUCCUAAAAAUGCUGCCCGCAUGUUGGCCCUGGCCCUGGCAGAGUCUGCCCAGCAGGUCUCCAGUCAGUCUCAGUCCCGCUCCUCUGAGCCCUCCACACCACUGUCCCCUCUGCUGCAACAGGAGGCGUCUGAUUUCCAGGACUCGCCACAUCCUCGGGUCACACAUUUCCACACUUCCUCCUCCGAGAGAACAGGAACAGGAAGUUCCCCGCCACCACACAGCACUGCUCCGACUGUCACUCCAGCCUCAUCUUGUCCCUCCAAUUCCAGUCCUACAAUCAAGCCGUCAGCCAGUACCGAGUCCUCUACAACUCCACCUGAAACACAGCCAGAAACAGACUCCACCCCACCAGACAGUCCUUGUUACAAGUGUGCCCCAGUCCCCAGUUCAACCAGCCUGACUUCUCCAAUCAGGAAAAGUCCAGAAAGGCAGCAGCCUGUCCCAGUACAGGCCCAAGGACAGGCCCAAGGACAGGCCCCAGGACAGGCCCCAGUCCGUCCCAGCUCAUCUAGUACCACUCCAGCCACCUUCCCCAGUGGCAACUGCAAAGAUACUAGAGUCUUACCACAGCUUGUUCCUGAGGUCAGACCAGAGGAGACUGCACCACCCCCAGUCCUUCCAAAACCAUCAGAGCAGCCACCUCCAACAAUUCAAAAGCCCAAGAGGCAUGCAGUCUCACUGCCCAAGCGUCAAACACAAAAAACUGAGCAACAGAGCCCAGCUCAGAUACAGCCUGUUCCAACACAGCCUCAGACACAGGUCCAACCCCAAACACAGCCUCAGUUCCCCUCGAAGGCCAGCGCAAGAGUGGCCCCCACCUCUGCUGAGCCUGUUGAGAAGCCUUGGGAGGCCAUAAAGCCGGUACAGCCCUGUACAGAGUCUGCAAAGUACCACAACGUGUACGGACCCACGCCUCCAGCGCCUCCUGUCCGCACCAUAGAGAGCAAACUGGCCACAGCCGCACUCAGCCAAAGUGAAGCCUCCUAUAUUCUGGGUGAAGGCCCGGUGCCUAGCCAUCUGGAGGAUGCCUUGCCUCACCACCCCCCUUCUCCUCGUAAAUCUUCCAUGCACCAGCCAGCCUACCUGUACCACGCUAAAGGAGAACCGGUCUUAAUUGAGCCUCCAGGAGCUGCAUACUACCACCAGAGGCCGGUUCCGCUGGGCCCGCAGUCCAUGCCACACCACUUCCGGCCCGACAGCGUCCCCCCACACCUCUCCUAUGUGUCCAAAUCAGAGCCUCAGAUACCUUACAGUGCCAGGCUAGACAACAGAUACAGCACUUUAGGCCCCGGGUCCCACCACCACUCUAUGAAGUCCAGAGGAAACCCCCGCAGUGUGUACGUGUCUCCGGGGCCGGGGCAUCAGGGUUAUAGCCAUGACAGAAACCAAGGCUAUCCCACCAUUCGCAGAGUGCACUCACUCCAUGUUCCUUCCACCAUCCGCUCAGUGCCCAUCCAAAGGACUGAAGUUCCUCCAGAUGACGAGAUGUUCUUCUACCAUCGACCCACGUAUCAGUGCAAAGCCUACCAGCAGCCCCCGCAGCAGUCCUCGCAGGCCGACUACCACGUCACCCAGCUGCAGCCUUACUUUGAGAAUGGACGGGUUCAGUAUCGCUACAGUCCAUACUCUGGUUCGAGCCCUUUGGAGGCCCCUUACUAUGACAUUGACCCUUACGGCACCAUCCGAGUCCGACACCUCCACUCCCAUGGCAGCCGAGAUCCGGGAGCCGCCGCUGGUCGACAGGGUGGAAAGGCGACUGGGUACCACUACCUCGCUCGCCAUGUCAUCCCACCUGGUAAGGAGCACAGCUUUGUGAGCAGGGACAUGCCCCCCAGUCAUGGGACCAAGGAAGCUGCUGCUUACCUCGUUUGGGACCCCGAGGAGUCCGAAAGGCUCCGCAUGCACUCCAUCCGCAGGGAGAGCAGGGCCAGACAGAAGAUUAAAGGCCCUGUCCUCUCUCAGUAUGACAACGUCAGCUUGUUUGCACCAGCAGAUAUACCAAGCUAUGAAACCCUGCACCUGCGCAGCAAAUCUGACCCGGGUAAAGCCUUGCUGGUUGCAGCCGAGAGCAAAGACGGCCGCUACCUGCCCAGACACAUGGUGUCAGACGCUGACGUCCUCAUGUACAUGGAGACCGACAAGCAUGUCCAGGGCAGCGCAGUAGGCGACAAGUCAGACGGCUUCGCCAAGCAUAGCAGUACCAAGAAAUGCCAAUCCUCCCACUCCCUUCCAGCUACUCUGAGCCACAGUCUGUCCCAUCAGCAGGAGAGCGGCCGGCACGAGGCCAAGUACGAGACCGGAGACGACAAGCUGGGUGGGGACGGCAGCAGGUCUAAACACUGGCAGCAGGAGUAUCCCAACAAGUGGAACUUCCAGCCACGUUACGAGUGCCCGGAUUCUGACCACCACCAGAGUAAAGCGAAACCGUUGAGCGGCUACCACAGCACAGAGGACCAGGCAUCAGCGCCCAGGGAACAACAGGCCCGCUCCAAACUGGAGCGGUCACACAGCGUCCGGGAGCAGCAGCACUACAGCCAGGGCAACCCCGACCUGGACAGAGACUUCUCAUAUCAGAAACACGGCACAAAGACAGUGCUGUCCCACUACGAUAACUUGGACGAUUACCACCCAGUACCUCAGCCUCAGGCCCCUGUUCAAAAACGUGGAGGCUCCAGCUCCUAUCCCGCCCCAGGGUUCACAGUGAGCCACAGCAACAGAGCGUACUCCACAGCACUGGGCCAGGGAGCCUUUAUCCAGACUGACAUGGCCAUGCAGAGGCCAGAGACAGAGAUACGUACAGAAUGAAGCAUUUAGGAGAGGGGGGGAGCAGGGGGGUGGGCGUGUGAAAUUAUCUUUAGCUGUGUAGAAGAAAGACUCUAUUGCGCUACGGUCACAGCCUCUGCAGGACAGUGGACUGUCGUAUCACCAAUAUUUUUGCUCCUCUGUAUUUUUAAUGAAUUGUAAAGAAAAUUGUAAGACUUUUUACAGAAAGUUCUGAAUGUACCUGAAAUUAUUGUCCAAGAGGUCAUAUUAUUAUGAUUGAUUGAGACAGUAACCAGUCAUAAAUGUAUAUGAUAUGAAAGAUGUAAGGUACUUUUAACAGGGACACAAAAAUGUAAAAUAUAUAUACUAUAUAUAUAUAUAUAUAUAUGUAUGAAUAGAAUGGCUAGUAAAAAGGGAUUUUAGUUUGUUUGUUUUUUUAGGUGUGGCGCUGGGUAUGAGCAUCAACUGGGAUUAAGGUUUGCAUUUUAGAAAUGCAUGCACACUAUCUCUUACAGAACAGUUCUGUGUAGUACACUAUCCAAUGCGUUCUUUCUGGAUGUUACAGCACAAGUUAUUGGAGGAAGAUAUAUUUAGGGCAUCGCUAACUCCCUCUGCUAAUCUGUACACAUGUAGGCGGUGCGGUGUGUCCGUGUUGGUCUUGAAGAAUCCGACUGGGUGUGAGGUUUGACAAGGAGCUGCAAUGGGUUACUUUCAGAUAAUAUAGUGGUUAUCAAUGUCUUAUUUUCUGUGUGACUGUGCCAUUUUUAUGUAACUUUGCUAUAAACAGAUUUCAAUCACUUCUAAUGGAAUGUUUUGGUACUUGUUUUGUUUGGAAGAGGGACCAAACGACUUGGCGCUGUUGUUGCACAUAACCGGAUGAAGAGGGGAAGAUGGAUGAAUGCCUGUUGUUCCUUUUAAGAUGUGUAAGAGGUUGUUUUUUUAAUUUCAUGUUUUUUUUUUUCAUCGCAUUCUCGGUACUCUCAUGAACUGGACUGACUGAAUAAAGCUGAAAACAAUGUCCUCUCAAACAACGUGGUGAAAAACAUGUCGCCGCUGCUUUGUGGGGAAAACAACUUGGUGAUGAGCCUUAAAUUUAGUUCCAACAGACCAUAUUUUGUUUACUUCACCAUUGUCAUAAUGCACACACAUUGGUAUAUCUAGUUUUAAGAUCACCUUUGAUGAUUUUUGAUUGUUCAGGGUUGACAGGUGAAGUGACCCACUGGGGUUAUUUGUUUUUUUUUGUAUCGCCUCACUGGCUCUGAAUUUAAAACAAUGGGGAGGGAGAUCUUUUUAUAAGAUAUCUGGGGCCAUUUAUUUUCAGGCUGGAAAUUGAUGUACAUUCAUCUGGUAUUAUACUACAUGCCAUUUUGGUUCAUCAUACUGUAUGGAUUACAAUAUGUUUCAAAUAUGUCUAAAUCCAGGUUGUACUCUGUAACUGUUUGACUUCUAUCGCUUGCAGGUUUUGCUCCUCUUGCCUUAUCUAAAGCCUCUACCUUUUCAGAUGGGGAACUGAAGUAAGGCACUGUGUAAUUGAAUGUGAAAACACUCCUCUCUCUCAAACUAGAGGUAUCUGCAGUUAGAUAUGAAAUGAAUAAAACUGUUCAGGAAUAGCUAUAA